UAUUUGAUUGUUUAAUUAUUUUAAUACUGGUCAUUGACAUGUCUAAAGUCGCAAUAAAACCGCUCUGUUCUCGAAUUUAACUUAAGUUUUACAAUUCAAUUGUAUAAUAGUCUUUACCUUACUGUGAAGAAAUUGAAAGAGUGUAUUUGUUUGAGUACAAUAAUAAGAAGUAUGGAUACUGUUAAAGAAGAAGUUGUUAUUUCUGGAAUCGGAGGAAUUUUUCCACAAUGUGCGAAUGCUGAAGAGUUAAAAACAUUAUUGUUUAGUAAAACUAAUGGCGUGACUUUAAAUACAGAGAAGUGGUCUUGUGCUAAAUUUGGUGCAGCAAGUUCAACAGGUAAAGUAAAAAACAGUCUAGAAUUUGAUGGUACGUUUUUCAAAUCACACCCAUUGCUUUCUGAUGCUACGGAUCCUUUACUAAGGUUGACAUAUGAAAGAGCAAUUGAAGCCAUUAUAGAUGCAGGUUUAAAUCCAAGCGAUCUACGGGGAACAAAUACUGGAGUGUUUACUGGAAUUUUCAUUAGUGAAUACGAAAGAAGUUUAAUAGAAGGUUCUCAAUAUUCAGGUUUAUUCUUAAUGGGAACAUCGAAAGCAAUGCAAUCAAAUCGAAUAUCAUACAUUUUGGAUGUAGUAGGGCCAAGUUUUACACUUGUGAGUGGAUGGUCAAGUGGAGCAAUUGGUUUGACGAUGGCAAAAAAUUUAAUUGAAGGUGGAUUUAUUGAUUCUGCAAUUGUUGGUGUUUCAAAUUUAGUUUUGCAAUCAGAACUGCAAUUACAAUAUAAAGGAUUAAAUAAACUAACACAAACUGGCGCAACAAAAUCAUUUAGCGCGAAUGCCGAUGGCUAUAAUAGAUCAGAAGCAGUAGUUGUUUUGUACUUACAAAAAGCAUCUAAUGCAAAACGAUCUUACGGGACAUUGCUUAAUAUUAAAUCAACUUUCGUUGGUGAUCAUAAUGGUUUUAUUGUUGAACGUUCAAUUGAAACUUUGAGAACAACUAUAGUAGAAGCAUACAAAGAAGUAAAUGUUGAUCCUACUAGUAUUGAGUAUAUUGAAGCCAAUGGAUCAGGAGUUAAGGAUGAAGACCAUAUGGAAUUAAAAGUAUUAGAUGAAAUAUUCUGUACUAAUCAACGAAAAACGCCACUAAAAAUAGGAUCAGUGAAAAGUAAUAUUGGCAAUACCGAAGAAGUAGGAUUGUUUUCAUCAAUUGUUAAGGCUAUUAUUAUAUUUGAAAGUGGUUCUAUACCUCCUAAUAUAAAUUAUUCAGAACCAUAUCCAGAUGUUAUUUCAAUGAAAAAGGGAAAGAUGCAGGUAGUAACGGAUCCAAUGCCAUUCACUGGAGAUAUGAUAGGAAUAACUGCAUUUGGGAUUUUAAAUAAUUUUACACAUGUUAUACUGAAGAAACAUAAUAAUAUCAAUCAAUUGAAUAUGGAUAAAAAUGAUUUACCCUCAUUGAUAAUCGCUUCAGGGAGAAAUGAAGUAAAUGUGACUGGGGUAUUGAACAAGAUUUUAAGUAAUGAAAAUAAAGAAUAUAUUUCAUUAACACGCGAUAUUUUUUCUAAAAAUAUGAGUGCUCAUUUCUAUCGUGGUUUUACGAUAUUAUCUCAAUCAAAGUCUAAUCAAAAUAUCAACAUUAAGAACGUAACGCUGCAAAAACGCCCCAUUUGGUUUGUCUUUUCUGGUAUGGGUUCACAAUGGCUAGGAAUGGGCGCUGAUCUAAUGAAUCUGCCUAUUUUUGCCGAAUCCAUUCGAAAAUCUCACGCAGUAUUGCAGUUAAAAGGAAUUGAUCUUAUAAAUAUUAUAACUUCUGAGGAGACGACUAUAUUUGACAACAUACUAAAUUCCUUCGUGGGAAUUGCAGCUAUACAAAUAGCUUUGGUUGACAUCUUAAAUGCGUUAGAGGUCGUGCCAAAUGGUAUUAUAGGCCACUCAGCUGGAGAACUGGGAUGCGCUUACGCUGAUGGUUGUUUAACUGCCGAAGAAAUGAUAUAUGCUGCGUAUGCUCGCGGCCUUGCAUCUAUUGAAACAGAUUUAAUUCCUGGCAUGAUGGCUGCCAUUGGACUUGGUUAUAUGGAUAUAAAAAAUAGAGUCCCUUCAGAUAUUGAUAUAGCAUGUCAUAAUAAUUCGACUAAUUGUACAAUAUCUGGUCCAACUAAGAGUGUUAAUAAAUUUGUAGAUAGUUUAAAGGCGGAAGGUAUUUUUGCUAAAGCUAUUAACGUCGCCAAUAUAGCUUAUCAUAGCAGAUACAUAAAACCUGCAUUUCCAGCUCUUUUGAAAUAUCUUAAAGAAGUAAUUAAAGAACCAAAACAAAGAUCUUCGAAAUGGAUUAGCAGUUCAGUUCCGGAAUCUCAAUGGGAAUCUGAAUUAGCUAAAACAUCUUCGGCAGAGUAUCUCACAAAUAAUUUAUUGAGUAGUGUUUUGUUUGAAGAAGCUACUCGACAUAUUCCUAAAAACGCCGUUGUUAUUGAAAUCGCUCCGCGUGGCUUAUUACAAGCGAUUUUGAAACGAUCAUUAAAUAAAUCAGUGAAAAAUAUAUCACUUACAAAAAAUGUAAAAGGCGAGUCGAUCAAUAUUCUUUUCGAGGCAAUUGGAGAAAUGUAUACACAUGAUAUAAAUCCGAAUAUUAAUGCACUUUAUCCUUCAGUCAAGUACCCAGUCAAUCGAGGAACACCUUUCCUUCAUGAUUUACCAUUAUGGGAUUAUUCAGUAUCAUGGACCAUUUAUUCAAAAUUGUUAUUAAACGAGACAGUAUACCGUGAAGGAAGUUUUCCGCUUUCUCUCAACAUAAAUCAAAAACUAAUUCCAUAUAAAAUCAAUGGACAUAAUAUUUUACCAUUAUCAUAUCUUUUGAAUAUUAUAUGGACGAAGUUUGUUGAGUUCCAAAAAAAUUCAGUGACAAAGCCGAUUGUAUUUAACAAUAUCAAAGUCCAUAAAAAUAUUGCAGCACAAUACAAUAGUUCUUCAGAUAUAUAUUAUAUGAUACAAAAUACAGGAUAUUUUGAGUUCAAUCAUAAUGACGCAAUUUUAUUGAGUGGAUAUAUAAACUUUUUUGAUUCAAGUUUUCGAAAAACAACUUCAUUAUCUUUUUCAAACUUAAACUUAAUCGAGAACACAAUGGAAUUAUUCCUCACGAAAAAUGAGUUGUAUACAUUUCUUGAGCAAAAAGGUUACAACUUAGGCAAAAACUUCAAGACAAUAGACAAUGUUAAAUUAUGUAAAAACUUUAUCCUUGCUGACAUAAAAUGGAAAAAUGAUUGGUUCUACUUUUUGGAUGCGUUAUUAAAAAUAAAAAUUCUAGAAAACUUAGAUAUUUCUCAUGCAGAAAUAGAAGAAUCCAUUCAUGAAAUUAUUUUUUACCCUGAAAAAUUUAAAAAUUGUGAAAAAAAAAAUAUAAAUGUUUUUUACAAUACAUUAACGAAAGAAGUUAUGUGUAAUGGUGUUUUGGUAUCCAAUAUUACGAAUAAAAAAUUAAAAGGUUUCGACCCAAUACCAUGUAUGAUAAAAUUAGAAACAAAAAGAUUUGAUAAAAAUAGUAACUUGAUUGUUAAGGAUUUGAAUAAUUUUAUUGAUGACUGCAUUUACAAGGUUCAUGACGAAUACCAGAAAGAUUCUAUUCGAAUUCCAGUAUCUAAUAGAAAUGGUUUGACAAUAAAGUAUUUGGGUCUCAAUCACAAAAGCACUGUUAUAGAUGAUAGCAUCGAGGAUGAACUUGGUCCCGUCGAAUACUCGGGCAUCACCAAAAAUGGAAAAGCUGUGAUGGGAAUUCUUUCCUGUAUAAAAUCGAAAAAUGAGAUGAUCUACGAAGAUAUAUUGACGUGGCCUGUACCAGAAACGUGGUCAUUAGAAAAUGCAGUUACUGUUCCUCUGGCAUACUCAAUGGCGUAUUAUUUAUUCAAUAUCUUAGGGAAACAUGAAAAACUAAACCCAUCGGUUUUAAUAACGUCCGGUAUGCAUCCAAUAGGACAAGCAGCUAUUUCAAUUUGCUUAUACCAGAGCUACAAUGUGUUUGUUGUCGUGGAAAAUGAAAAGCAAGCUAAAAUAAUUUCAGAACAAAAUCCAUCUUUACCAAGAUCCAACAUUAUUAUAAAUGAUGACAACACGUUCGAUAUAAAAAUGAAGAUGCUUUUUAAAACUGAAAUAAAUUAUGUAUUAAACUUUUUAGACAAGACUGGACUUGAUACUUCAGCAAAUAUAAUAGCAAAUAAUGGAAAGAUUUAUAAUUUUUCAUUUAAUGUUGCACAAAAAAACGAAAAUAUAGGGUCAAGGGUAUUUAUAAAUAAUGUAUCUAUGCAUAAUUUAAAUAACCAUAAGUUAUUAGUGGAAAUUGAUAAAAAUAAAUGUAUUAUACGUGAUUUGAUAAUAAAUGGACUUCAUCAGGGUGUUAUUAAGCCAUUAAAAAAUUUUAUACUAGAAAGUCCUUCAAAUACUUUGUCUUACAAAAAAGUAUUUAAUACAAUAAGAAAUUUGUAUUUAACAUCCGAAAAAUUGAUUCUUCCAAUUAAUGAUAACAUUAUGAAGUCAGGAUAUGUCGAAUUGCAAGCAGAUGAGUGUUAUAAAUGCCUUCCUAAUCAAGUAUAUGUGAUCAUUGGAAAUAAAAAUGGAUGGCUCGAAAUAACAGAAUGGCUUGUUCAAAGAGGAGCUCAAAAAAUCAAUAUAGUGAUUAAUAAAAUGAUUUUGUCAUCAAUGGAAUGUAGAAAGUUUAAUCAAUUACUUUCUAAGAAUAUUUCAAUUAAAAUUGAAACUGAUUUGUUUACAAAACCAGAGGAAGAAAUUUACAAAUGGUUUAACCACUUAACGGAAUCUAAUAAUCUUGGAGGUUUAUUUUUAGUUGAACAAGAUAGCUAUGAUAACGUCAAAAAAUUUAGUCAAGUCUUUGAAAAUUUGAGUAAAAAGUCAGAUCUUACUCCCUUUAUUUGUAUAGCAUGUAAAUGUGAAAACUUAUGCGCUGAUCUCAAAUCAAAGGGAUUAAAUGUAUUAAACAUAAAUUGGAAUACUUUAAAUAUUAAAAACAACCGUUUCAAAUUAAUGAUGUUGUUGGAUUCACUUUUAAUCAAACCUGACGAGUUAAACUCAUGUACCUAUGAACUCACAGUGGAUAAUGCAAAAAAUUCUUAUCAAAAAACUAAUCAUUUAUUAACAUAUGAUGAGUUACAAUUAUCAACAAUCAAUAUUGGAAACGAAGUUGAUUUUAUUGAAGUACAGACUAGAAGUCCGAAAUACUCACACGUUAAAGGAAAUUCUGCUAUAUUUUUCAUUCCUGGAUUUAAAUCAAAAUAUAGCGAAAAAUUUUACAAUCUUCUUAUGUAUCCUACUUUUGAAGCUCGUUUUCCAGAAAGUAUUGAAUCAAUAAACCAUCUAGCUCAAUCCCUUGUUAAGAAAUUAAAGCAAAUUACGAAUAAGAAUUUUGUAUCAUUGAUUGGCGAAUCUUGGGGAGGAAUAGUUGCACUAAAAAUGGCACAAAUUUUAGAAUCCGAAGAAAUUAUUGUUUCUGUAUCAUUGCUGUAUGGAGAUCCAUAUAACAUCAUUGAAAGGGCAAAAGAAGUAAUGAAUAAUUAUAAAGAAAGACAAUUAAAAACAAAUAAUACUUCAGUACUAAACAAAACUAAUAUAUCUUUCGACUUACAAAAAUCUCAGAUCUAUGAAUUAUUGAGUAAUAAAAAAAACCCAAAAGAAAUGGAAAAUAUUAAUAUUGUGCUUUCUAUAUUUAAAGCAAUAAUCGAUUCUGAACCUUUAAAACAUAAAGUUUUAGCACGAAUACAAAUAUUUGUACAUGAAAUUACAAGUGAUGUACUAUCUGCUUUAAAUGACUACAUUUUUUCUUCACCAUUCUUGUAUGAAGUAAAAAAAUCAGAUUCCAAUAAGAAACAUUGUUUAGAUGAUAUAUUCCGUAAAAUUAAUGAUAAUGUGGCUUUUUACUAUGGAGAUGGAGAUCAAUUGUCACUCCAAGAAAAAUAUAAUAAUAUAAAUUUUAAAUUUGAAGCUCUUAAAUUACUUGCAUGAACAAACUAAUGGAAAUUUUUUUUUCAAAAAGUAGAUUAACAAUACGAAAAUAUAGUACAAAUUAUUUUCUUGUUUAAAUGUUUUUUAUUAUGAAUAAAAUAUCAUA